CCUCUCACCGCAAUGGGCUCCGAGGCCGAAGGAUCUCGCGUUGUCAUUCCAAGAAGUUUCAGAUUGUUGGAGGAGCUUGAGAGAGGAGAGAAGGGUAUAGGUGAUGGAACUGUCAGCUAUGGAAUGGACGAUUCGGAUGACAUACUGAUGUGUUCAUGGACUGGGACUAUCAUUGGUCCUCAUAAUACUGUUCACGAGGGGCGAAUAUAUCAGUUGAAGAUCUUCUGCGAUGAAGACUAUCCCAACAACCCCCCAGCAGUUCGUUUCCAAUCACGAAUAAACAUGACAUGUGUGAACCGAGAAACUGGAAUGGUUGAACCUAGCCUAUUCCCAAUGCUUGCUAAUUGGCAUAGGGAAUACACAAUGGAAGAUAUCUUGAUCAGUUUGAAGAAAGAAAUGGCUUCUCCCCAAAACCGAAAACUGAUCCAGCCUCAAGAAGGUGGUAGUGAUGACCAGAGGAUGGAGCAGAAGGGGUUGAUGCUGAGAUGUACUAUCCUUUAACUGGGAGGCAAAAUGCGAAUAAAAUGUAAAUAAAUAUUCUGAGAGAAGAUAUGCUGAGUUCAGUUUGUAAUAUGGAGUUCAAUUGACAAAUAAGCAAUAGGCUUAUUUGGUUGGGUACUUUGAUGUAACAGUACUAUGGAUAGGAAGGUACUUGAAGAUUUAUGUCACCAAUAAUAUGUAUUAUUUAACCCUUUUUAGAGUCCAGUUUUUACCUUUCUAUGCUACAAUAGUAACGACAUUAAAUUGGGUAUUGUUUCAUA